GGGUAAUCAGAAUAAUCAGCGUUGCAAAUUCCGCCAAAUAGAUACUCGUAUAUAUAGAUUUAUCGAGAGUGAGGGAGAGAGAGAUGGGGCAUCUGUAUGCGUUGGACUUCGAUGGAGUUCUCUGCGAUAGCUGCGGAGAGAGCUCUCUGUCUGCUGUCAAGGCUGCUAAGGUGAGGUGGCCUAGUCUAUUUGAUGGCGUGGAUUCAGCAAUGGAGGAUUGGAUUGUUGACCAGAUGUACAAAGUGAGACCUGUGGUAGAAACUGGAUAUGAAAAUCUGUUGCUUGUAAGGUUGCUGGUGGAGAUGAGAGUCCCUUCUAUUCGCAAGUCAUCGGCUGCAGAAGGACUCACUGUUGAGGGCAUAUUGAAGAACUGGUCGAAGAUCAAACCUGUGAUUAUGGAAGCAUGGGAUGAGAGUAAAGAUGCUUUAAUUGAUCUUUUUGGAAAGGUGAGGGAUGAAUGGAUGGAGAAUGACUUGGCAACUUGGAUUGGUGCAAAUAGAUUUUAUCCUGGUGUUCCUGAAGCUCUCAAAUUUGCGAGCUCAAGGAUAUAUAUUGUUACCACAAAGCAGUGGCCUUGCUCCUUUCUACUGCAGAGCCGCUUUGCUGAUGCAUUACUAAGAGAGCUUGCUGGAGUGAUUAUACCACCUGAAAGAAUCUUUGGUCUGGGAUCUGGCCCCAAAGUAGAAGUGCUGAAACAGCUUCAAAAGAAACCAGAACACCAGGACGUGACACUACACUUUGUGGAAGAUCGGCUUGUGACCCUGAAGAAUGUCAUUAAAGAGCCUGAAUUAGAUGGGUGGAGUUUAUAUCUAGGUGAUCUCUUUAUCAUUGAUUCUCUCAUAAGGGAUUGGGGGUACAACACUCAGAAAGAGAGAGCGGAAGCAGCCAGCAUUCCGAGAAUUCACCUUCUUCAGCUUUCCGACUUUAGUAAGAAGCUGAAGUAACCAUCUUGUUUACUACAUUUUUCCCCAAUUAUUAUUCUGAUUUUACCUAUGAGAGCAUCAGAUGCACACUUGUUCAUACUGAACAAUGGUGGACUUCGAGUUAUAUCUCUGAAACCUAGCCACCCAAUAUUUUCAAUACUGUUCAUUCUGUGAUGAUAAUUAUUUAUAUUGUAGCUUUUCAAAGUUUGUCA